AUGGAUCUCCUACAGUCCUACGAAGACGCCGACAUCGAUGAUGAUGAGCAAUUGCAAGAAUCAUUGGAUGGAAACCCUAAUUCCACAGUUUCCGAUCAGUCCUCACCCGAUUCCUCGCCUGUUCGGCUUUCUCUCCCCACCAAAUCUGCCACCCCCAAAGUCGAUGACACAAUGCUCGCUCUCACAGUCGCCGGCGACCACAACCGAGCCCAUUCCAAACCCAUUAACCCAACCCAACAUGUCGUCAACUUCAACCCAACCUACGACCAGCUCUGGGCCCCCAUCUACGGUCCAGGCAUGCGAAACCACAAGCUAGGGUUCGUCGAGAACGCCUCCAUUGAAUCCUUCGUUUUCGAUGAACAGUACAACACAUUCUACAAGUAUGGUUACGCCGCCGACCCAUCGGAGAAUCAGUACGUCGGAGAUUUGAAAGCCUAUCAGCAGAAAGACUGUAUCUCGGUGUAUAACAUACCCCAACACGAACAGAAGAAGAGGAAGCUUGAGAAGAAGAAGGAAAAAUUGGAGAGCGAAGAGAAUGGGGAAGAUGAUGAUCACGUGGACCCCACGGAGGUUGAUAACCCAGCUUCGGACGCGUGGUUGUUGAAAAAUUGGAAGAGUCCUUGGGCUGGAAAGAAAGAAGGGUUGCAAACAGAAUUGACAGAGGAGCAGAAGAAGUAUGCCGAGGAAUAUGCAAAGAAGAAGGGUGAAGAGAGAGGUGGGGAUAGAGAAAAAGGCGAAAUUGUGCAAGAUAAGAGUACGUUUCACGGCAAGGAGGAGAGAGAUUACCAGGGUAGGUCAUGGAUUGCACUGCCAAAGGAUGCGAAGGCGACGAAUGAUCAUUGUUUCAUACCAAAAAGAUUGGUUCACACGUGGUCCGGGCACACUAAGGGUGUGUCUGCUAUUAGGUUUUUUCCGAAGUUUGGUCAUUUGAUCUUGUCUGCAGGGAUGGAUACAAAGGUGAAGAUUUGGGAUGUGUUCAAUUCGGGGAAGUGUAUGAGGACUUACAUGGGUCAUUCCAAGGCAGUAAGAGAUAUUUGGUUUUGUAACGAUGGGACUAAGUUUUUUACUGCCGGGUAUGAUAAGAAUAUUAAGUGCUGGGAUACGGAGACUGGGCAGGUGAUAUCGACAUUCUCAACAGGGAAGAUACCAUAUGUUGUUAGGCUUAAUCCGGAUGAAGAUAAACAGAAUGUACUUUUGGCUGGCAUGAGUGAUACGAAGAUUGUCCAGUGGGAUAUGAAUUCGGGGCAGAUUACUCAAGAGUAUGAUCAGCAUUUGGGAGCAGUGAAUACUAUCACAUUUGUGGACGACAAUAGGAGAUUUGUUACUUCUAGUGAUGAUAAAUCCUUGCAGGUUUGGGAAUAUGGAAUUCCAGUGGUUAUAAAGUAUAUAAGUGAACCUCACAUGCAUUCUAUGCCCUCAAUUUCUCUUCAACCAAAUACGAAUUGGCUUGCGGCACAGAGUUUGGACAACCAGAUUCUUAUCUAUAGUACUAGGGAGAGAUUUCAGCUUAAUAAGAAGAAGAGAUUUGCAGGUCACAUAGCAACUGGGUAUGCUUGUCAGGUUCACUUCUCACCGGAUGGAAGGUUUGUCAUGUCGGGAGAUGGGGAGGGCAAAAUGUGGUUUUGGGACUGGAAGAGUUGCAAAGUGUUUAGAACACUCAAGUGUCAUGAGGGAGUGUGCAUUGGUUGUGAGUGGCAUCCAUUGGAACAAAGUAAAGUUGCUACAUGUGGAUGGGAUGGCUUAAUCAAGUACUGGGACUAGCCGCCUUAGCUCAUUGCACUGUGCACAUUUGGAACGAGGACUACAUCUGGCAAAUUACAUACUGUUGGUGGUUUCAAGAAUGGUGGAAAUUAAGGUUCCUUUCUUUUUAGAAACAUCAGUCAUAGACCAAGCAAGGUUGACUUGUCCAACUUUAUGACCUUCGUUUGGCCAAUUAUCAGUGUAGCCAAUUGGAGAAAGAACACAAAAUGUGACCUUAUCCAUGCAACUUAGUCGCAAUACUAAGCUCAAGUCUGUAUUGCUGUAUUCUCCCCUUUCCAUGUUUGUAAAUUAAGAGCUUUUCUGGCCAAAUAUGUAUAUAUGGUUCUUUGGAGCUUUUGUUGGGCUUUAAUUUUUCUUCUUUUUAACUCUUUUUGUGACACUGGACAAGCUUGCUUAUUAGCAGAGCUGUUCAUGCCGGAAUAUAAUUGAAGUUGGG